AUGGAAACAUUAGAUGUUGAAAAUAAUAAUAAUAUUAAUAAUAGUGAUGGUGGAUUAUCUACACCAUCAAAUGUAUUAAAUAAUAUUGAAAAUGUCAGUAAUCAUGAUGGAGAAGAAGAGAAUCUAAUGGUGGAGAAUGACGACGAGUAUGCCGGAAUUGAAAAUUUGUCUCAAGAGGAAUUGAUAGAUAUUAUUAAAGAGAUUAGAGAAGAGUAUUUCAAUUUGAAGGACAAACAUCGAGAGUUGAACGCCAUCAACAAUAAUUCGCAAGCAUCGAGUAGUAACCAAUCGACUCCACUCAAUCAAUCGCCAAGCAAUGCCAUUCCACCGGUUACCAAGAAGAUAUCAGAGUACCCGCUGAACUACAAACAACAGGAUGUCGUAGAGUUGUACACUCCCGACUACCAAUUGCCUGCAGGUAAAGCACCAACUCGUAGUCCAUCCUUCUGGCAAUCACCAACAGGAUUCCUUUCAUACUGGGUCGGUUGGGAUACUCCAAUGGAAGAGAUCGCCGAUAAUAGCAACGAUGACACAGCCAGCAGCUCUAGCUCUGCACCAAAACCAAAACCACCACAAUCCUACCCAAUUACCAAGACAUUUGAAGAGAAAGCACCAAUCAAAACAUUUUCACCGUCGUCAUCUCAACCAAACCCAGUUUUAAUUCUACCUGCUUCUAAAAAAUAA